AAAUUGUAUUUAACUCGGCAGGUGAAUUUUUUAAUGGUGAAGCAUCGCCAAGUGUAAGCCAGAGAGUUUGUAUUAACAUUGGCAUAGUAAAAACAUGUCAUUGUCAGUGUUGGCCACACUGUAGUUACAACAUGGCUGAUGAAACUGACGGCCCGGAUUCAAUUUGUGAUUCUGUGCAAUCCCUUGUUGAAGGAUGUCGACUUCCAGUUCGUAUGCACGGUACCGAUGACUGGCCUUUGGCAGAAAUAAUAAGUAUCCAGGACCACCGUGGUGUUAAGUCAUUCUACGUACAUUAUGUGGAUUAGUUAGCAUUGAACACUGCUCUAGGUGUCAACAAACGUUUGGAUGAUUGGGUCACAGAGGAGUGCUUGGACACUCGGAAGGUCCAGUUUCCUCGGCGUGAUGGUGCAGGACCAGGCACAGGAGUUUCUACGCCGAAGAAACAGCUGGGUGGAGGGAACGCCAACGCCAAUGCCAACGCCAGCACCAAUGCCAAUGCCAUUGUCAAUGCCAAUGCCAGUGCUAAUGUUAAUGUCAAUGCCAAUGCCAACUCCAACGCCAGUGCCGUCACCAACAACACCAAUGCUAGUGCAGGUGAACCGACACCUGCAGCGGUACCACCACCAGUGGCAGUGCCGGCAACCGUGCCGUCACGGCCUGGCACUGCGUCUGCAGGCACUCCCAGUAUCCCAGGUGCCUCCUCACGACCAUCAUCACCCACUGGUGCGGAACUGGUUAACGGGAGUACGGUGUUGGCAGCGGCCCUACAGAAGAAGAUGAGCCGAAAGAGAAAGGGAAACUCAUUGGAGAGUGAGGAUUCCCAGGAUGGACCACCAACAUGCCCACGUUCAACUGGUAGUAUGGUGGCUCACCACGAUGAUGUGGUGAUGCGAAUGAAGAAUGUGGAAAUGAUUGAGUUGGGCCGAUAUCGUAUCAGGCCAUGGUACUUCUCCCCAUACCCAGAGGAACUUGUGCACCUCCCUUGCAUUUAUAUAUGUGAAUUUUGUCUGAAGUAUCGGAAGUCGCGAACCUGCCUUGAGCGACAUCUGGCCAAAUGCAAUCUUCGACAUCCACCUGGCAACGAAAUUUACCGCAAGGGCCCAAUCUCAGUGUUCGAAAUUGAUGGACGGAAGAACAAAGUGUAUGCUCAAAAUUUGUGUCUCUUGGCAAAACUAUUUCUGGACCACAAAACAUUAUAUUAUGACACAGACCCGUUCCUCUUCUAUGUUAUGACUGAUGUGGAUGCUCGGGGCUAUCACAUAGUGGGCUAUUUUUCCAAAGAAAAGUGGUCGAACCAGGACUACAACGUAGCGUGUAUUCUCACAAUGCCACCAUAUCAACGGAAAGGAUAUGGGAAAUUACUCAUAGAAUUUAGUGAGUGCUAUGAGCUGUCGAAAUUUGAGGGUAAAACUGGAUCUCCAGAGAAACCUCUCUCGGAUUUGGGCUUGCUUUCGUACCGAAGUUAUUGGGCACAAACUAUAUUGGACUUUCUAGUUCACUUGAAGCCAACAGGAGACAACGAAAAACCUCAGAUCACCAUAAAUGAAAUUUGUGAGCUCACCUCCAUCAAGAAAGAGGAUGUUAUCUCUACUCUACAGAACCUGAGCCUCAUCAAUUACUACAAAGGCCAAUAUAUUAUUACCAUCAACCAGGAGACAAUUGCACAACACAUGCGUGCAAUGGAAAAGAGGAAAAUUCGUAUUGACCCCAAGUGUCUUCACUGGACGCCAAAAGACUGGUCCAAACGUGCAAAGUGGUAGCCGUAAUAUGAUGGUUGUAUUUGCGACUUUGAUGGUGUGUGUCUGCACAGGCAAAGGCUGAAAUGUUGCAUCGUUGAUAAAUCUCUGAGCUUUCAGCACCAACCAGCAGUUUAUAGCUGAAUGGUUCUUCAGUCUUCUGUUGCGCUUAGGCAAUGUUGUAAAACAACUGACCCAUUUGUGCUUCUCUUUAAAUGUAAUUGAGAACUAAAAACAUAAUUUCUUCCCUGCUUGCGUAAAACUGCCUUCUGUUCAAUCAUAAUACGGACAAGCCAAGGGACUAACAAUUGCAGGUUAUUUGUUAGUUGUGGAAAAUUGGAAGGGACAAAAUGUGUGUUAAAAUCCUUCAAGCUACUGCUCAAUGUAGCACAGAGUGAAAAGAUGUGUUGUCUUCGUCUGUGUUUUGUUACUGUGUGUCAAAGGCCAUACACCAUCUCUGUUGUCUUAGAUCACUCUAGGUUAUCCACAUUGCUCAUCUUGUGAUGAUAUCCAUAUUACCUGGCUACGUGAAGAAAAUACUGCUUGUUUGCAUUGUACAAUUCUGAAGUUUCUUUCUUUUUCUUAUCAUGUUGGCUUCAUUAAAUGCACGUGGUUUAAUCUAGGCAAGUUUAAUGUUUAGUGCUUAUCAUGUUGAAACAACACAAAGCUGGAGAUUCAUUUGUGGAAAAAUCAAUAAUCUUGAUGACAUGGUAAUAGUAAACCCAAAAAGAAAUAAGUGCACUACAAGACAAUAGUUGGUGUUUAGUGAUUUCAUGUGCUAUGGUACUUGUCACAAUUGAUUUCAUUUCAAUUUGGCCCCACUAAUUGUUUUUCCCACCACUGCCAAAUUGUUGAUACCUUGAAGUAUCUUCUUCACCUAGUUGGUCUUAGUAAGUUGACUGGUUUCAUUACAAGAACAUCUACUUUGACCAAUCUUAGAAAACUAAAAAAGAUUACAAAUUGAAAAAAUGUGGGUUAGGAUGAGUUCUCGGAAGCGUGCAUUUGAGAUCAUAUGCAUUUGAUGACUGUCAUAAUAGGAAUCUCUGAAAUGCUAAAACUUGUGUAUUCUGUUGAUUGGUACAGAGAAACUGUUUGCUGAAUUUGAAUGAUUGUUUCACUUUAUUAGCAGUGUCGUGUAUUGUUCUAAUUGAUAGUCCAAUAUUGUCUUUUUUUUUCACCAUUGAUAAAAUUUUACUCCAAUUUCUUUCUUAGUUGAAGGCUUUGUAUCCCAGUUUGAUCUGCAAAAUUACUUAUUUGUUAUAUUUUAGGGAGAAAUUGAAUUUGAGGAGAACCUUGAUUUAAAUAUCUGUUUCUCAACGUCUUAGAAAUGCAGUAUAAAAUGUACAAAGUAUUCACAUAGAUCUCAGAGUUACAAAGUACUCUUUAAUAAUGGAGAUGGAUAUUAUUAUGAGCAUAAAAUCAUUUGCAUCAAAUCUUAUGAAUGCCUUCAAUUUUUUGUUUAACAUUUUCCUGGCAGUAAGCAAGUAUCUGCAAUUAAUGUUCUUUUUAAGCACUCUGUGUUGUGCAGAAUUGUAAUAUAGAGAUCAACUUAACUCAUUAGUUGAGUAGCAAUCUUGUCUUUCUUUGUAUCAGAGAUUUCAUUUUGUGAACGAAUGUGUAUGUAUGUGUGAGUAUGUAUAUAAGUAUGUAUGUAUGUAUGUAUGAGAUAGUGAUCAAAUACCUGAGUAGGAUUUUAGGAGAAACAGUGACAUAUUACGCUUAUUUCUGAGCUGUGAAAAACAAUUUCUGCAUUAUGUAUGCCAUGAAGACAAUUUCAACAAUUGGAAUCCUUACACAUAUGGGAAAUAUCCAGUAAUUAUGGUGAUGUAUCUGAGUGUUAAUUACCCAUUGCAUUGGUAGAGGGGGAUUUAUCAAUUGAUUUUUUAGUAGCCUCUCAAAAGUCAAGAAGCUGUAGUUGAUUCAUUCCCUUUCUUUCUUUUAUUAUAUUUUAUAACUUAACCAAUAAUUUGAAAAAUGAUGCUUUUUAUUGUACCAAAUGAAAAUGCUUUAAUUAUUGAAAUCCUUGCUUUUUGAUAGAAUAGCCUUCUGUAUAGUUAUUAUGACAUGGCAGCUUUGAUAGUACAAAUAAGGCAAACUCAUUUGUUUUAUGGCUGUCAGAAAUUGACUUGCAUCAAUUAAAGGCAAAUGUUCCAUACACAACCAGGAAAUUGUGUACAGUUACAUUUCCAUUUAUUUAAAAAUGAAACAUUGGUAUGAAAAAGGAUGUAAAUAAAAAAAACAAACAAAUUUUUCAGGACAAGGAAACAUUUUUUUUUUUGCUAAAACUCUCACUCUUAUGACUAAUGCUGUCUUUGAAGAGCUGCAAAAUCUAAGGUAUUUCUUUUAGCUACUGCCUUGUUUUGCGACGAAAUGCCAUGUCGAGAUUGACCGACUUUCCCAUUUCUCCCUGUAAAACUAAUUUUUUAUUUUUUUGUGCCUUGCAUACUUUUCCAUGCCAGAGUCCUUGAUUAAUUGAUUACAGUUGUGAAUUGUGAAUAAUUAUGUGCCAUUUCAAAAUAACAUUAUUUUGAUUUAGUUAUUAUAUCCUCAUCUUUUUUAUUAAUUGUCAUAAUGUCUUGCUCCCCUUGCAAUUGUUGUGAUCCCUCUUUGCUAGUAUUUCAAAGAAAAGAAUACUAUAACUGGACUAAUGUCAAAACCAUUUAACUUAAUGAUAUACAUCUCUUUUACACAAAGUACAAUUCUAGAACAAUUUUCAGCCUGCUUUUUAGAAUAGCUUGCAACGAGAUUGAUUUUUAACAAUAAUAUUGGAUGUCUUUUUAUCCCUAUCAAGAUCACCACCAUUAUUAAUUUUUUCACCCCCCCCCCUUUGGUUUUCAAUCUCUUAAUUCCUCUUCCAGUGUCUGUUAAUAUUUACAUGAUCUAUUAUUUUUACACUAAUUAUUGCAUCUUCCCCUCCUUUCUUCACCAUUACACACUUCUCUAGGACAUACUCCCAUUCCCCUUCCUCUUUUCCACAUCACUUACAUAAUUUUUUGCUUUGCUUUGCCAAUUUUAUUUACCUUCAUUUUGUUUCCUAAUCUGUAUCCGUCCUUUCUCUAUCUUUUCUUCUCACUCCUACAUUUCCAUAGAUAAUUGAGGAUACUCCAUACUCGAUUAAUUUUAUACAUUCUCCUAUUUAGAAUCAUAUUAUAUUAAUAAUACAAUAUUAGAAACCUUAUCUUCAGUUUGUACUUUCUCCAAUUCAAUACUUUUGAAAUCUUCCAGCCCUUCAUCAAAUUUUCAUACCAUUUGGCCAUUUUAAUGUUUUUCUAAAAUUGUUUUUAUUUUGGUAUCACUUUCUUCUCAAUGACACCCUGCCCCCUUCCAUUUUAAUUUGUUCCAAUUCUCUUAUCUCUCCUUUCCCACUUAUCUACCCUUUUCUUCUUCCUUUUACCUAAUUUUCUUUUAUCGUAAACACACCUUUCCACUUAAUUUUUUAAAAAUUGUGGUAAUCUUCACUUCUAUAUGUUGCAACCAUAAUCAGUGAGUAUGUAUUAUUACUAGCCAUUAUGAAUAAUUACCAUAUCAGUAGUCAAAGUGAUCUCUUUGCUCAGCCAUUAUUUGUAAUAGCUAGUUCAAUUUAUCUGAAGUAAUAAUUAUCUUUAAAAAAAAAUACGCACUUUGAUCAGGCUCUGGUGUUCAGCAAAAGUGAUUAACAUAAAGCAUCUUUGAGUCUGCUCAGUGCUUUUAUGCCAAAAUUCUUUUUCAACGAACAUUUUUCUUCUUCCUAAUAAUCUUUUAAUGGCAAAAAAGUAUUUUGGAAUAAGAGGCAAAGAUGCUUUAUGUUAAUUGUGGAGGUUGCAGCAUAGUAUCAAACUGUAAAGUGAAGUAUCAAUUGUGCCCUAAAAGCAUUUUGAUCGUAUAAAAUUCCAUUCCAUUUGUGGGUGUCUGACCCACAAAAAAGAGAAUUUUUAUUUUGACAACACACAAUAGCUUUCAGUUAGCUUAGCUAAUAAUUGUUGAAGAGAAUCACUUUGACAACUUUUGUCUGGUAUUACUUACAAAAGGUUAAGAGAUAAAAGUUAAUAAUUCCAAUUCAGUAAUCAUUACAACCAAAUUUGGUAGAUAUGCGCAGUGGCUAAAUUAAUUGCUUUGACUGUAACAUAUUCACUCCUUAAUAAUAAGCCUUUAAAUAAUAAAAAGGUUUAUUAUUGACCACAUAAUAUCUUUUUUAAAUAAUUUCAUUAAGUGUCUCAUCAUAUUAAAAAAUAUACCUGUCUUUUAAUUGUGUGAUGCCAUUCAUAACAUAAAUUUGAUGGACUUAAUCAAAAUGAAAACUAUUGGAAAGGAAAUAUGUUUAAAAGUUUUCCUUUAUCUUAUUUUGAAAGAUGAUAGAAUAAAAUUAAAUUUGUAAUUUGUGUAUUCGGAAUUAGUACAAGGAUGUUGGAUAAUUUUAAUUUACUAUAAUGAAUAUUUCUCCAUUUUCUUUCCUCUUUUGCAGUACAACUUAAUGCUGUUAUAAGUCUCUCGUUAAGUUAUAAAGUUUUGCACUCAUAAUGAUGGUUACUGUACUUAAGAUAUCAUUACUUUUAGUAUGAUGGAAUUACCUGUAUUUGCAAGGAAACGUUGGUGGAUUGGAAAACUAAAAAGUAAAAGCAAGGUAAUGUGGGCUAUUUCUUGCUCUCUUGUGUUCAACAUUGACACUUUUCAGUGCUGUGUGAUUAUACUGUGAUAAAAAAAAACUACAGAAUCCCAUUAAUCUGAGUAAAUUGGGGGCAAGGUCUAUUUAAAUGAGUGAAAAUUUGGUUUAUCUGGAUUCAAUGAAAUUCGUUUUUUAGUUUAUAUAGUGAUUGUCAAGAACCUUAACCCUUGACCAGAUGCUAUCUCAGUUCAGAAACAACAAGUCUGAAAUGAAAAGGAUAGCUAUUUAUUUGUUUCAUAUUUGUAGAUGCUUAUGUACUUAGAAAUGGGAAGAAGAGACCAAAUAAAAAAUUAACAAUGAACAAAAAAGUUCAAAGGUAUUUUUUUGUUGUAGAAAGUGAAAUCAUUUAGUUUUUGAUUUCAUUACUGUCAAUUUUUCUUCACUUUUAUCAAUCUCUUGUAAUCUUCAUUUAGCUAGAUUUUUGGAUUAAUGGGAUUCAGCUGUGCAAGUUUUACUUCUUCUGUAUAUUUGACUUCCUGCAUAUUUGAUGGAAUUGCCUUCAUGUGUGAUAAUUAAUUGUACUUUCAUAAUGUGAUUCUUAGAUGUAAUCAUUACUCUGAAGCUGAGAAAAACAAUAAAAACUUGGAACGAU